AUGGGCCUCGUGCUUGAAUUGCAAGCUAUCAUGGACGAUGUCAACUGGCUCAAGAGCAAGAUGGAGGCCUGGGAUGCCCAAAUGGCAGGCCUUAACAAAUUUCAUUUGCAGGUGUUACAUAGCUCGGCACUCACCCUCUCUCUGCUGAGGGAACAUACUGCGGACACGGAGGAGGAUAAGCAGGAGACAAGGGACCUUUACAAGUUCAUGUCCAACGAUUGGAACAGUGCCAUGGAUGCCACUAGAGUGCGCAAGGCACCCCUUUCUACAAUCUCUGGUCGAUCAGAGUCGGAUCCUGCAAACACUGCCACUUUUCAUGAAAUCGCACCAUCUGCAUCUGCUUCGGGUACAUCCUCCACACUCAUCCAAAAGCCGUGUUAUGAUGUUUUCAUUAAUCAUCGUGGACCAGAUGUUAAAGAAACAUUAGCUAGCAGCAUCUAUAAUCUUCUUGCUGACAUGAAGGUUGCAGCAUUUUUAGAUUCAGAGGAGUUGGAUUAUGGCGAUUUCUUGCCCACAGCAAUAGAAGCCGCAAUCCGUGGUGCUACCCUUCAUAUAGCAAUCUUUUCAAAGAGAUAUGCAGAAUCACCUUGGUGUUUGGCAGAGCUCUCAUCUAUGCUUAAAAGUGGUGCCAAAAUUGUUCCUGUUUUCUACCAUGUAGAGCCCAAUGAUCUCAGAUAUGUAGCUAAAGGAACGUACGCUGAUUACUUUGAGAGGCAUGAAGAGAAGUGUAGAUAUAGCCCACAAAAGCUUAAGGAGUGGAAGGAGGCACUCUCCGAGGUCUCAUUUUACAGUGGCGAAAUUAUCAAAAAUGACGAUGAUGAGGUGAGGCUGUUGAAGAAUAUUGUGAAUAUUGUAUUGAAAGAAAUAAGCAAUGUGUCACUAGUAGUUGCAAAAUAUCCAGUAGGACUCAACGAAGCAGUAGAAGACUUUGAGAAUACAGUCCAACUUGCUCAAGUUAAUUCGGGUACACAAAUUGUAGGUAUUUGGGGCAUGGGUGGUUCAGGCAAGACCACGCUUGCCAAAGAAUUGUACAACAAAAGAUCCUCGUCCAUGGAGAGAUCUAGUUUUAUUUUUGAUAUCAGAGAAGCCAAAGGUGUGUUGUACAAGAAGCAGGUUCAACUCCUCAAAGAUCUUGGGGUGACUAAAACAUUUGACAAUGUAGAACAAGGUAAGGCAAUUCUUGCAAGGCAUUUGAGAUCUUUUAGGAUGCUCAUUGUUAUGGAUGAUGUGGAUCAUGUUGAUCAAUUGGAUGUUCUGUUACCUGCAAAAGAUAGUCUUGGAAGGGGUAGUCUUAUCAUUGUUACAACAAGGGAAUGUGAAGUUCUUAAAUCUUGGGGUAUAUCUUUCAUAUAUAAGAUGAAACCAUUAGAUUUAUUUAAUGCCAAGAAACUUUUUUGUAGGCAUGCAUUUUUACAAUCAUCUCCCUUUGAUGGAUUUGAAGAGCUUGUUAAAAAUUUUGUAGAGGCUUGUCAUGGCUUGCCCUUGUCUCUCAAGGUAUUUGGAGCACAAUUAUAUGGAGAUUAUGACAAACGAUCAUGGGGGUCUUUGUUUCAUAAGAUGUCAAGAAUAUUGGAUGAUGAUAUCAAAAAGAAGCUCAAAGUAAGUUACGAUGCCCUUGGUAAUGAAGAGAAAGAGGCAUUCCUUGAUACUGCUUGUUUCUUUAUUGAAGAAAAGAACAGUUUGGCUAUCCAAGUCUGGGAUGGAUCAGGGUGGAGUGGGUUGUACAGUUGGAAAAGGCUUCUAAACAAAUGUUUGGUUGAACUUGAUGAUAAUGGUCGCAUAAGAAUGCAUGACCACUUAAGAGAUCUCGGAAGGGAAAUUGCGAAUCAACAAUCUCCCUACCGACUUUGGUCCCUUCAACAGAUUAUUAAUGCCAACAAACAAAAUGGGAAAGUAAAUGUCAUUCGAGGAAUUAAGGAUGUCCCAAUUGGAAUAAACAAGCAAAGAUCAUAUAGUUCCUGUUUGUCCCUGUUUCGUGGUUGCUGCUCACAGGGGGAACUUGCACCUAAUAUAAGUGGAAGAAUUUUGUUUCCUGCACCCUCUUUAGCUGGACUAAAGCUUUUAGUGAUAAAAGGGGAUCAUUGCAAUGAAGUAAUCAGUGAAGUAUCAACGGAGCUAGUCUGGCUUCGCUGGCUCCAAAUUGGCCACAGAAAUCUUCCAACACGACUUUCAUUGAAAAAAUUGAGGGUUUUAGAAUUACAUGAAAACUAUGAAGAUGGACAUCACUUAGAAGAGUUGUGGAAGGCUGAGAACGACGCUCCUGUGCAGUUAAGAGAGUUGGUUAUUACUAAUUGCAACAAAUUUAAAAAAUUUCCAAAUUCAAUAGGGUGUCUCAAUGAGUUGACAAGGAUAGUAAUCAAAGGUCAGAAUAAUAUAAAGAGUUUGCCACAAGAGUUUUGCCGUUUGCAAUUGUUGGAGCACCUCGAGUUGCGGUCCUGUAAAAUGUUAUCAUCACUACCCAGCAGUUUCGGCGAUUUGACAAAUCUCCAGUAUCUAGAUUUAUCCUGGUGCAGAAACUUGAGGAGUUUACCAAUUUCUUUUAAGAACUUGAUGCUCUUGCAAUAUCUCAAUUUGUUGAUGUGCAGAGAGCUCAUUGUUAGGUCAGAUGAUUUCCAAAACAUUGCAAAGCUGGAGUUUUUGAGUGUUUCUGGGUGCGUGCAAUUGGAAGAGUUGCCUCCUCACAUCAUAAACCAGACGUCCUUGAGAGAGUUCUAUUUAGAAGGUGUGAAGAGGUUAAGGGAGCUACCAAUUAAAAUCGGUCAAUUAAGGAGGCUGCAAAAGAUGACUAUUGGGAGUGAUUCCUUGAAAAGUUUGCCAAACUCUCUUGGAGAUUUGUCCUCCUUGACUCAUCUUUCAAUUCGAGAUUGUCCCAACUUGAAAUCUUUGCCCAACUCUCUUGGAAAUUUGUCCUCCUUGACUGACCUUUUAAUUGAGGAUUGUCGCAACCUCAAAUCAUUGCCGAACUCUCUCAGAGAUAUGUCCUCCUUGACUCAUCUUUCAAUUGAGUAUUGUCCCAACCUGGAAUCGUUGCCGACCUCACUUGGAAAUUUGUCCUCCUUGACUCAUUUUUCAAUUCAAGAUUGUCCAAAGCUUAAAUUUUUAAAUGUUGGGCAUCUUAAUCUCUCUCAGAGCAUUUAG